AUGUGUGGCUGUAUGCACAGUAGCCGGGACCAAGCACUCCACUUGGAAGGGGACCCCAGUCUUUCUGCAGCCCCAACAUCCACAUUAGCACCUAGGAAAAUGCCUAAAAGCAUUUCGAUAUCAAAACAACUGGCUACAAUAAAAGCUCUCAAGAAGGGCUCAGACCUGGAAAAAGCCAUUGCCACCAUCGCUCUGAUUUUCAGAAACUCUUCUGACCCCGAUGGUAAACUUGGAAAAGCUACUGCCAAAAAUCUGCUGCAAACACAAUUUAGGAAUUUCACAGAAGGCCAAGAAACCAAACCCAAAUACAAAGACCUCCUUUCUGAACUCGACGAGCACACUGAAGAUAAACUUGAUUUUGAGGAUUUCAUGAUUUUGCUCUUAAGCAUCACUGUAAUUUCAGAUUUGCUGCAAAAUAUAUGGAGUGUAAAAAUCAUGAAAUAAAUAGCUUUAAAUAUGCAGUUAGACAAAAUAAUAGUAAUAGUGUUAAACAUCUAAAGAUUUUUCUUCAUUUUAUUUUAAAUUAAUUGAGCAUACUGCUCAUGAAUCUGGGAUUGCCUGGGGGUGGUUCUGAUUGCUAGUAUUUAGAUUCAAUAUAACUCGAAAAGUAUAUGCAUACUCUUGAGGAAUGUUUGAAUAAUAUAGUCUCUGGGUGCUUUACAAUAAGAUAGAUUUGAUACCACUGAAUAUCAAAUUGCUUUUGCUUCGUAGUGACUUAGAACAUGAACACUUUCCUUAUAGUCAUUAGGUUGCUCAUUCAUUCAUUCAUUUAUUCAUUCAUUGAUAUUUGUCGAGCCUCUAAUUGAUGGUACUGCUAAAUAUACAGUAAAGAACUAUCUCCAUAAUCUCCACCCUGGAACAUGCCUGCAUAAGUCUAGCAGAAGAGAAGUAGACACUUAACAAUGUAUUAGUCAAUUGUAUAUACGAUAUAACUAUGAUAAGGGCAUCAGGAUGCUAAAAGAGUUUAUUACUUGACCUGGGUUCAAAAGUUAUAGAAACUUUACUGACAUUCUGCAAAAGGCAAAACUACCCAGGGGGAGGAAGAUCAGUGGUUACCAGAACUGUGGGUGGGAAGCGAAGUUGUUCACAAAUGGGCACAGGAGAACUUUUGGGGGAGGUGGCAAUGCUUUAUAUCUUGAUUGUGGUGGUGGUUACAUGACUGCACACAUUUGUCAAACUCUUAGAACUUUACACUAGAUAAAAAGGGUAGAUUUUGCUGUAUGUGAAUUAUACCUGAAUAAAUGUGACUUAA